AUGAGUUUCUUUUUCAAUCCAGCAGCUAGUACAACAAGCAUUACCACAGCAAGUACGACUGCAAGUGCACUUCCAACGACAACGACGACGACGACAACAGCAGCUGCAAAACCAGUCACACGUACUUACCGUGAUUUAGAACGUCUAUUGACUAAAUGGCAAACAGAUUUCGACACGAAACAUCGUUUAUCUUACGAAAAUCUGUCUCAAUCAGUUCGACAACGUGAUGUAGACUUGGCGACAUAUCGCGAAACUUUACAAUCAGUUCAACGUGAUAUCAAUCAGAUGCAAUUACAACAAAAUCACUUACAGGAUGAAUUGAAACUAUUGGAUACACAUGAAAAAGAAUUGGAAAUGAAUCUACAAAGUCUAGAAAACGAUAUUCUACAAUUGCCACCCUUGCAACAAGACAUCUAUUCAAUUCAACAACAAAAUAUGUACCUCAAUCAAAACUUACCAUUAACAUUCAACGAACGUAUGAAAAACUUUCAAUUAAUGGAACAAUUGGAUUCGUUAGUGAAAUGUUCAACCAAAGAUUUACAAGAAAUCGUUGAUAAAAUGAACGAGCAAGAUGAUGACAAUGAUCAAGAACAGGAUAUAACAUCAACCAAUCAAUCGACUGAUCCAACAUUGAUUAACGAACAAAAUAUCAAGCAAUUAACUAAAACAUUGGACUCGUGUUUCAAAAUGUUGGCGUUCGUUGAUACAAAUGUAACAGAUAUUGAAAAUAAAGUCACCCAAACAACUCAACGUUUACUUAAUUCCUAA